GCAGCCCACUUCAAAAGUUGUCGUCUAACAUUGUGCUUGCUUAAUAUAAAAAGUUGACUUUCCAACUGAAAAGUAAACUGACAAAAGGAGGGCAAUACAAAAUCAUAUUCUUUUGUCUAUCUAUAUCAGACCAAAAAAAAUUGGGGGAACUCCGAAAUUCGAUAUAUCGAUAUCGAAAGCACAGGAGCGAUAAGUAAGUGGAAUACAUCUCUAAGAAUUCCUUUUCUUUUUCGGCGGCGCAAUUGACAGCUUGAAUUUCUUCCUAGAAUUUUACAAACUCAAUCGAUCGAAUGGAAAAAAAUAACCAAUUGGAGUCUAAGGAGUUUUUAAAGCCUAAAAUAGUACCAGUACCAGUUUAUUCAGAAGUCGGCGAGUCUGAUUUACUUGCAAUGUUAAAUUCAAUUUUUCAAAGACGUUUACCGUACGAGUGGUCAUUUGACGAUUAUCAUAUGGCCAUAAACCGUGAUAUAUCUGGCCUACCAUUACCAAAUAUGCCACUAUUACCGCGAACAACAUGCUUGCUACCUCCCAUAGGUGGCCAGCAAUUAAGCAAUUUGGAAAUUUAUGAAAAAAUUCGAAAGAAAAUUUAUGAAUAUCCCGUAGGCUUUGAAACUACGGCCACUGUCAUUCAGGUGAGCCAAGAAGAUAUCACAUUUUUUGUGUGCAAUUUCAAUAGGAUUUCGAUGCCAAUCGAAUACCUGCAUGUUGGUAAGAUUGCAUUGCAAGAGCUGGAACAGUUUCCGAAUUAUGGCGAAAUUUUUGGUUUCUAUGACGUUAUCGAAAAUGCCAUAUCACGGGUAACCAUUGCAUCUCAAUCACCUGAUGGUGGCUAUGAAGCCUAUAUGAUUGACUUUGGGGAAUAUAUCCAUAUGACUGGCAGGGAGCGAAUAUUCAAAUUACCGAUAUUUUUAAAAAAUCUACCUGCGGAAGCAAUUAAAUGUUCUCUGGCUAAUAUCUUGCAUGUGGAUAUGUUAAGGAAAUUACUGCGUCAAGAUGUUAAGCUGCAAGUUCUUAGCAAUAAUGGCAUUCAUCUGAUUGUUGAUGUAACCAGGGAAAAUAAUGAUUUAGAAACUUCAGAGAUUCCUGUACGAAUCUAUUCGAAUGACGAUGAAGAACUUGAUGAUUUGGACAUGGAGGUGGCAAGAGUUCUUCAUGGCACUCUACUACAACGACCGUAUGUGGGCAGCAUUGUACGCCUUCAUGUUACCUAUGUAAGCUGCUCCGAUGAGUUUUAUGGCUAUCUAGUUGAUGGUCCAAAGCCACCAAAGUGGCGUCCCAAUCGAUUGCCAGAUUACGAUGAAGAAUUUGAAGUAUUCGACAUGAUUCUGGCCAAAUAUGUUGAUGACAAUUAUUAUCGUGCCAAGAUCAUGGAUAUAAACGAUGAUGAAUAUUAUGUAUUUUUUGUGGACUUUGGUAGCUCGGAAUUCCUUACUCGUGACGAACUGGCGCCCUGUUACGAAGACUACAAAUAUACUCCCUUUCUGGCCUAUCGUUUCCAGAUCAAAGGUAUACGAACUGCCAAGUUUAUGUCCUAUCAAAAGAUCACAACGGGCAUACAGUAUUUAAAUAAUAAGAUUUUUGAAAAAGAAAUUGAUGUUGCUAUCAAGGAAAUCCUUCCCAACGAUGGAUAUUUGAUUUGCUUCCAGGGAGAAAUGACCUGCCUGCACACGGAAUUGGUUAGCCGUGGUUAUGCUUAUACUAAUUGAUGUGCCUUAUGGAUUGAUCUAAUAAUUAUUUCUUUUUUGUUUUUUAAAUUACACUUUUUAUUAAUUAAUACUUAACUGCCAUUGUUUGUAAUAUCAAAAACUUUGUUAAAAAAAAAACACUCUUCAUUAUGCAAAAUGUAUUUACUAAUCAUAAAAUGUUAUCAACUACACUUAGCCAAAUUAUUAGACACUCUUUCGAAUUUACAAAGACUAUAUUCAUUAUGCAUAAUGACUCAUCAGAACAUAUUUUUUCUUUAACAUUACACUUUCUAUUUACUCACUGCCAAAACCAAAAACUAUGUUCUCAUUUUACAAAUUGUUUGACUUUAACUUAGCCAAAUUAUAAGACAAUAAAUAUUUUUACAAAUGUUUAAAAUAUUUUAAUAAUUUCUUGUAUUUUUCUUUCUUUUUCUUAAUUGCAAGUUUUUUCAGGCAUCUCUCUUAUGGACAUAUCGAUUGGACGACUUCCAUCUUGUAAGUAACACUAACACUAUACAAUCCCAGUGGUACAAAUUUCUGGGCCAAAGGCAAUAAGGCUAAAAACAUGCAAUUACAAUGGGACAGAAGAUAUUCUGGUAUCCCAGUUAUCCCACAUCUGUUGCCUCUUUUGCCCGCCCAAAACUUUUCGACUUGUAUUUAUGCUUUGCACAAUUUUAAAUAAUCACCCCAUUGGGAAAUUCCAAGAGAAAUACCCUUUCAUUUCGCCCACUCAACCCCCUGAUACUUUUGUGUGUUAUUUACCCUGAUUUAUUGCCAUUUUUGGUCACUCUUUUUGUUUUUUUUUGGUAAGCAGAAAGCAGAAAACUGGAAGCAGAAAGCUGAAAGCAGUCCGAGUCACGAACAAGUGGCCCGUAAAAAACAUUGCCAAACCCUCAUCUAUCACAAUUUCUUCGGACGCUCUCUUAACUCUUACAUUUUUGGGUUUAAAAACGCAUUAUUUGGUUCUUUUGGUAAUUGAAGUUUUUAGUUUUCAUUAGCAGGAAGGCUGUCGGAAAAGGGCUAGCAAAAAAAACAAGAGGAAAGUAAAGUAAAACCAAGGGUAGUGGCGACAAGGGA